AUGUUGCUUGUCGAAGACGAAAAUAAGAACAAAUCGAGCGAGUUAGCCAAUCAUGGAGAAGCUACCGAGUUAGACAAAACAACGAAAGCUUCAGAGCAAUCGAGUGAGUCUGCCUGUCGGAAAGAAUUACUUGUUGAAGAUACGUAUUAUGAAUCAAGCAAGCCUGCCGACCAUGGGAAAGACGAUGAGUUGAGCAAUACAUGGAAAGCUCCAGUCAUGCAUAAUACAGAAGCUGACCUGUCAAGGUUGGAGGGCUUAAUUAAAGACCUAAUGCGGCUAAUUCACGAUAAACUUCCCCAACAAUUCGUAGCAAUUGUUACUGCUGAUCAACCUGCUGGUCUAGACCAUAAUUUAUCGAUAGAAAUGGCAGAGGUAAAACUCGAGCUGGCUAUGUUAUGGGCAACGGUCAACUCAAAUCAGGACAAAUGUAUUCAAAGUCAAGACAAAGCUCCCUCUACCCAAUCCCAAAGUCCAUCCUAUAAGAAUGCGGGCACUCAGACUGUAGAAAGAGAAUUUUCAGUUAAACCACCUUGCCAUAGGACUCCAAAAUCAUCCAUCGACUUUAAAAAUCAGCUUAAUAGCUACAGGGCGACACAUAAAGCAAAUUUUGAAAGCCAAAAUACCCGGGCGAGAUCAAGGCAAAACUUCGAAGUCGAAGAAUUCUAAACAACCAAAUGAAAAUAAUAAAGUCAGUGAACUGAGACAAAAGAUUAAGAAAGUCGAGCAGGAAAGAGAGUCCCUAAAGACAAUUAUUCAAAUUCAGAAAGAAGAAUUUAGACAAGCACUAAAUUCAAAAGACGACAACGAAACUUAACGCCCAUGGCAAGUUAUUAAAUCUAAACCAAUUAUCAACCCUAAAAAUAAACAGAUUGAAAGAGAAGAUGGAAAGCAAUCUCGAAAACCAGGUCCUGUAUCAACUUCAAAUAAAUACGAAACCCUAGAAGACGAAAUAAUUGACGUGGACGAGGUUGCUAAUGAAAUUGGUGAAGCGACAAACGACAUUAUAUCUGAACACAAUAAGGAAACAGAAAGCUUGAAUAAACCAAACAUAAAACAACACAACCCUGUGAAAAGUUCUACUGUUGUAACUGGCGAUUCUUUACUAAAAGGUCUUCGACAACACUCGAUUACGAAAGCUACUAACACCAAAGUACAAAUCAAAUGCUUUCCAGGGGCCAAACUCAGCGACAUGAAGCACUACAGCAUCCCAUCCCUGGCCAUUUAUCCCAAACACGUAAUUCUACACUGCGGCACGAAUGACUUACAAAAGAAGAAUCCAUAAGAAAUAACUAAAGAAACAGGAGAACUAUGUGAUUUUAUUCUGGCAAAUUGUCCUAAUACUGAUAUCACUGUGUCGUUGAUACUCACGAGAAAAGAUAAUCAAGGUAACAAAAUCGCUGAGGCGAUACCAAUAACUUGAUUUCGAAUGAUGCCUCCUUAAGCAAAAACGAACUUGGGACUUUAAAAGGCUUUCGAAUAGCACAUUUAAAUAUCACCUCCCUCCCUAAAUACAUUGAUCAAUUAAGAACAUAUCUCAUUAAUAAACCAGUAGAUAUAUUUACUAUCAACGAGACAAGAUUAGAUGAAUCUAUCAGUGAUGAAGAGGUUAAUAUCGAAGGAUAUAACCUCUAUAGAAAAGAUAGAUGUAGAUCGGGAGGUGGUGUGGCUAUUUACACCAGGGAUGUCUUGAAUGCGAGAGAGAUGUCUCAAUUUGUCCCUAAAGAUAUUGAAGCGGUUUGUCUUGAGAUAGUUAAACAUAAAACUAAACCAAUGUUAGUUACAUCUAUUUACCACCCUCCUAAUUCCAAGGCCGACUUUAUGGAUGCUUUAGAAAAUUAUUUCCAUUUACUAGACGAACAAGGUAAAGAACUAAUCAUUACAGGUGACUUAAACUGUGACCUCUCUCUCUCAGUCUUGCAACCCCAUUCUCGUAGACUUAUGGACAUCCUUGAGUUAUUUCAAAUGAAGCAACUGAUUGUAGAUCCCACGCGCACAACAGGCAACACAGAAUCGUUAAUUACAUAAUCGCAACUAACCGCCCUGAUAAAGUAAAAGAAAGCGGUGUGAUUGAAAUAGAGAAAAACCGAAGAUCGUUGAAAGCAGAAAUCUAAAAAACUAUAAUGUUAAUUGCUUCAAUAGCCAUCUUUCUCAGUUACUGAGGUACUCGGCUUGGCAUCAGAAAGAUCCAGACCUGUUAUGGGAUCAGUUCAAACACAUAUUCAAUUGUUAUCAGAUAUUUACGCUCCAGUUAAAACUCGAAAGGUAAGAAGUACUUAUGCUCCAUGGUUAACAACUGACAUUAGAUGUGAGAUGAACACGUGGGAUUACCUGAAAAAGAAAGCAGUUAAAAACAACUCUAAAAGCCUUCAUCAGGCAUAUAAAGUAAAACGAAAUGAAGUGAACAAGUUAAAGACAAUCCUAAAGAGAUGUGGAAAAAUAUUAACCAGGUCAUCAAUGGAAAAGAAACACCGGUUCUAAAACGACCACUAUUACCACAAUUAAAGAUGAUCUGGGUGAUAUUAUCCAAGAUGAAAAAUUAAUAGCUGACCAACUCAACAAAUACUUUGUUGAAAUCGGACCAAAAUUGUCAAGUCAAUUGCCUAACAAUAGUAGAAACUUUUCUGAGUAUCUGAACCCAGUAGAUUGUGAAUUUCAAUUCACUGUGAUAAAGAAUGACACUGUGUUUAAAAAAAUGAAACUUAAAUCAAAUAAAGCCGCCGGUCUUGACAAAAUUCCCCAAAAAUUAUUAAAGGAUUCUGCAGUCGUUGUCACUCCUUAUCUGAACCUUAUUUUUAAUAUAUCCCUUUCAGAGGGAAUUUUCGAAGUGACUGGAAAAAUGCUAGAGUUUGUCCAAUUGUCAAAUCUGGAAAUCGAGAGGAAUGUGGCAAUUAUAGACCUAUCUCUUCUAUCUUGUCCGCUAUUUCUAAAAUUUUCGAAAAAAUUGUAUUUGAUCAGCUAAACCAGUACCUUAUUACAAACCAGAUACUAACUCCAAAUCAAUCAGGGUUUAGAAAAGGGUACUCUACUUGCUCUUCUCUAUUAAGAACCAAUGAAUGGUUGGUAAAUAUGGAUAAGGGAUUAAUUAAUGGCGUUGUCUUUUUAGACCUGAAAAAGGCUUUUGAUACAGUUGAUCACGAUAUAAUGAUUAAAAAAUUAGAAUUUUAUGGUAUCAAAAACACUGCUCUCCGCUGGUUCACCUCAUAUCUUAGUCAUAGAAUACAAGUAUGCAAAGUUGGGGUAACAAUUUCAAAAAGCGAGAAAAUCACAACAGCUGUGCCACAGGGAUCAAAUCUUGGUCCCCUUCUGUUUUUGCUCUACAUCAACGAUUUGCCGAAUUGUCUUGACUCUUCAGUCCCAGCACUAUUUGCUGAUGAUACUAAUCUUACUGUAAAUGGCUCUACCACAUGCGAGAUACAGGAGAAGUUGGAAAAGGAUUUAAAUAAUGUUCACAUGUGGCUAUUAGCCAAUAAAUUAAUCCUAAAUGUUAAUAAAACUGAGUAUAUGUUAAUUGGAUCAAGACAAAGGCAGUCCCAAAUUAUUACUGAACCAAUUCUAUCAAUAGGAUCUGAAAGCAUCAAACGUGUUUCGUCUACCAAAACUCUUGGCGUUAUAGUAGAUGAAUGCAUCACCUGUAAAGAUCACAUUGAUAAGGUAGCAAAAAAAGCCUCGAAAGGGAUUGGAAUACUGAGACAAUCUAAAGACUUACUUCUUAAAACUAUUUAUGGCGCUUUUGUUUUACUGCAUUUUGACUAUUGUGCGUUAGUAUGGGAUAAUUGUUCCAAAACCUUGCAAAACAAACUACAAAAGCUACAAAAUAAAGCAGGUCGAAUAAUCACAGGUGAUUGCUACGAAACACCCUCUGAUGCUGUCAGAACCAAACUCGGUUGGGACACCUUACAGGAAAGGAGAGAGAAACAACUAGAAACUCGAAUGAUACAAAUAAUGAAAGGAAAUUCAAUUGAUUACCUCCGGGAGUUUUUUACUAUCUCUUCUAAUCAAAUGUAUCAAUUAAGAAGUAACAACCAUGUUCUCUACUUGCCUAAACCCAACACCAACACUUUGAAUUAAGCGUAGCUUUAGUUACAAAGGUGCUGCAGCUUGGAACGAUAUUGAACUUUAUAGAAAGAUUUGAACUGUAUAAAUUUUAUAAGAUCACUUUUUUAACAUUUUUAACAUUAUACCUCGAAAUUAUGUACAUAUUUCCUAUUUUAGUCUUUUAGUUUUAAAUACACGGCCAUCUGAAAAUCAACCUUUUUAUUUUUUCAAAAAUUUAUUAUAACUUUUACAUAUUUUAGAGCUAUGGUUGAGAUGUUACCGUGUGAAAAUAAUUGUAAAUAAUAAUAUAAUAAAUAAUAAUAACCCUUUGUGUUAACAACAAAGGCUCUUGGCUGCCAUUCCUUAACAAAGCUUCAAGUUACAUCAAAGGCUUGAAAAAUGAAGUAAGAAAUCUGAUGUACAAUACGAAACGAAAAACUGGUUUUGUUGGUUUUAUUCUUGCAAUUGAGAGUGUGAAAUCGCUGUUCAAAGAAUUGAUUGAGAAAACCGAUCCACCAAUGAACUACUUGCUAACCUACAAAUUUAGUCAGGACCAUCUGGAGCUGUCUUUGGUGCUGUUCAAUCAGCAGGAGGCUUUAACAACAAUCCAACUGCCCAACAGUUUACAGCAGCAUAUAAGCGACCCUUGAUGAGAAGUACCAUCGAAGGAGGCAAAGGCAAUUGUCAAAAAUUAGAUCCAACAUCAAUUCUCCAUAUUAUUGAUGACACCUGCAAUGUAAAUGAAGAAGAUGUAAGCAUCACAAAUGCACAAAUUAUAAGGAAAUAUGACCUGGAAGCAGGAGUUCAAAACAACAGUUCAGUUCAAGAACAUAAUUCUGGAUUUCCUCCCACUGUUUCAAAAUCUUUCCGAGUUUAA